UAAAUAUACAACCUACCGAAUAGUUCCUGCUAAUUUAUAUCGAAGAAAAAAAUAAUUAAACGUUUGAAUAGCUUAAUAGGACAUUCAAUUCGUGCAUAACUUGUCAUGAGCACAUGACAUAUCACGAGCCGAGUUUUGCAUAUUAUUUUUGAAAACAGCACAUGACAGGAGACCACGUGAUCGCAAAAAAUCAAAACAGCAGAUUGUUCAGGAUGAAGGCGUUGUGUGUCUUACUCGCUUUUGUGGGGCUCUCGGUGGCGAUCCCCAGUGAUUUUGUGUUCCCACCCCUGGAGAAUGGCGGAAAGAACUGGGCGUUGUUGGUGGCAGGCUCCAAUGGCUGGGGAAAUUACAGGCACCAGGCUGAUGUUUGCCAUGCCUAUCAAAUUCUGAAGAGUCAUGGAAUUCCAGAUGAACAAAUCAUUGUUAUGAUGGUGGAUGACAUUGCUAACAACAAAAUGAACCCCACCCCUGGGAAAAUUAUCAACAGACCAGAUGGUGAUGAUGUGUAUCAUGGAGUCCUGAAAGACUACACUGGACUAAAGGAAGUGGUUCCUGAUGUGUUCUUGAAAGUUCUACAAGGCAAGAAGGAAGAGCUCGCUGGUAUCGGCUCCGGAAAAGUGAUUGACAGUGGCCCCAAUGACAAUGUCUUUGUGAAUUUUGUUGACCAUGGUGGUCCAGGCAUUGUGGCUUUUGGGAGCAAGUUUCUUCAUGCCCUGGAUCUGAUAAAAACUUUGGAUGACAUGCAUAAAGAGAAGAAAUUCGCCAAGCUGCUGUUUUACAUGGAAGCCUGUGAAUCUGGAUCAAUGUUUGAAUAUCUGCUCGCCAAAAAUAGAAACAUUCUGGCAGUCACUGCUUCCAAUGCUACCACCUCCUCCUACGCCUGCUACUUUGACAAGAAGAGGAAGACUUACCUGGGAGAUGUCUUCAGUGUGAAGUGGAUGGAAGACUCGGAUAAGGAGAACCUUAACUCAGAAACCAUUGAAAAACAAUUCAAGAUUGUAAAGAGAGAAACCAACACAAGCACAGUCUGCCAGUUUGGGGAUAUGAAAAUUGACUCAAUGACUGUUAGCGAGUUCCAGGGAUCGAGCCAGUCCAAUCAAAUAGUGUACCCCAUUCCCGACCCAAAUGUUGGUGCAGUACCGUCCGAGGAUGUGGAUCUACACAUCAACAUGAAUUUAUUCAAGCUGGCUUCAACAGCAGAGGACAGAAAAUACUACUCUGAAAAAAUAGCACAGGAGUCUAUGAAACGAGGAAAAGUGGCUCCACUUAUACAGAAAAUUGUUUCCAUAGCAACCAAUAGCAACAACAGACAGGUGGAGAGGAUUAUGAAGGCCCGGAUGGGACUGUUCCGACACGAGUGCUACAAGGCGGCGGUGGAACACCUGGCCGAUACCUGCCCUCAGCUGGAACUCCGACAGCAAUUUGGAUAUGCUUUCAAACAUCUGUAUGCCUUUGUGAACCUAUGUGAGGAGAGUGUGCCCACAGAGACCAUUAUAGAAGCCAUUACCAAAGGCUGCAGUCUGGUUGACUGUGCGUACAAGCGGUGGUUGUCCAACACAAAUUUUGGGAACCCCGCGAACUGGAAUGCUGGUCGAGCGCCGUGUGGUAACGAUGUAGCGGUGAUUCAUGACGAGAGCGCCGCGGUUUUCCUUCAGGUCAACACCACCGUCAAGCAACUGUUGAUGCCGAUGAAUGGAGAAGUGGUGUUCGGAUCUGAUGUUGUCCUUGGCUUCACGGAACAGCCUGAUCAUAGCGCCUCAUGUACGCCGUACAGCUCUAAUGUCGAGUUUAAUGUCACCUAUCCCAGAGACUGGUUCGACUCCAACAAUUGGUGCGAAACGGAUUCAGAAACUGGGGACUGCAAAACCAUUGCCCGGCUAGAUUCUGAAAAAGUGCCCUGCAUGAAUGACGAUGUUGUUUAUCCAAGCGGAAACUCAUUCUACGUUAAUUUAGAGACUGGAAUUGAUAUUAAAGUCAAUACUUUCAAAAUUACAGGAAAAGCGUAUACCACGACGAGUUUUCAGUCCUUUCUGUCCACCGAUCAAGGCAAAGGGAUGUUUCCCCUCCCUAACAACGGCCAGAGAUCGUCAGUCACCAUACAGAGGCGGCCAUGUAACGACCCCACGGGGUGUAUGUGUGGAAACAACAAGGGGGAGGUUUUGAAUCGUAUAUGUGUCAUACAACGAAAGAGAUGCACCAAAGCGCAAUGUAGAACACCAUUGAAACCAGUCGGACAUUGCUGCGACUUGUGUGGUGGUGUCGCUGUCAUGAAAUUUGGAAGCGGGUUCCGAUUUGAUACUCUAGUGAAUGGGAUUCGGAGAAACCUCAUCGACGGAAAAUCGGAAUACAAAGAUGUCCAAGUAAUCACCUCCAAAAUCUCGGAGGACGAGAUUCAGAUGGUACUCUUGGACACAGAUGGGGUGCGUGCGUCACAGCUGACUAGGGAAAUAGCAAAGGAGGUGCAAAAUGACAUUAACGCGGGCGGUUUCAAAUAUAGCGUUCUGAGUGUGAGAGUGGACGUUUCUUCUGGGGGAGGCAGCACGGGCCCGAUAUCCGGCGCACAGACAGCGGAAUCAAUCCCCAACGGAGAAAUAGCGGGCAUUGUUGUCGGAGGGGCAGUGGUGGUUGGAUUGCUUAUAGUGGUAGCCAUCUUCGUAUAUAGAAGAAAACAGAGUCCAACCGAUGAAUUGGGAUUCAAAGUUUUUGAUAAAAUCAGUUUCAAAAAGCCAAACUUCCGGAAGCCUCGAGUUGAAGUUCCCCCUUCUUUUGGCUUCCGGUUUGGUGGACCGGAAAAUGUUGGUCCAUCGCAGGGUUUCGAUAACCCGAUGUACGGAAACAACCCACUGGAGAACGAAAAACCAAUGGAUAUGGAAAUGAUGCCAAGUUCCCUUGGUCUGGAACAGGAGGAACAACCAACUUUCGACUCUUCCCGGGGGUUUGAUAACCCACUGUAUGACAGCCCACCAUUAAACGAGUCAAUGUUUACGGAUCCCUCAGUUGUUGAGAAAACUUCUGACCUGGGAUCGAGACCAACAAGCUUUGUGAACCCUAUGGCCAUGGUAGAGGACAACCCACAGACUUAAUGACGCCUCUCUCUCUCUCUCUCUCUCUCUCUCUCUCUUCUCAAUUUUUUCUCAAUAAUUUGCUUUCACUACAUGUAUGUCAAAUUUUUCAAACGUAAAAUUCAAUAAACUUUUUUUUUCUGACAA